GUCAUGACGGCCCUCUUGGGAAGGGCAGCGUUCCAUAUCCUCUACGGAGAUAGAAAGAAGAAAAUCGCCAAGUUUCUUCGCAGUACGACACCUGAUUCCCUUCUUUCAGACCUCCACACCUGCCUUGUGCGGGAAGGGGUCAGCUCCAUCACACGGGAAGCCGUCUUCUACGCGUCUAGCAUCCGGGACUCUCCCCAGGAGCAGCCUUACUGGACAAAAAAGAGUUUCCAAAACCACCUUGCUAGAACCCAUCCGGACACUACCAUCCCAGAUACAGCUAUCAAUAUCCUGUGGUCUUGCUUCUGCUUCUACGCCUAUCACCCAUUCCCACUCCCCGGUGCGACUGACAGGAAGCUGGAUCUGCCAGCCUUUGAGCGUGGAUUGAUCCUGCUGUCUCUCCAAGGCACCAGGCUCCUCGGAACCGUGGAGGAUGAUUUCGGUCAUUGCUGGGGGCGGAUCAAUGAUCCUUGUAGCUGCAGGUUUAGGAUUAAUCGGAUCUUCCGAAGCAUCAGCCUGGUCAACUGUCAGUCAAGUUCAAAUCCACAAGUCGCUGGUUUUGACACAUUCAUCACCGACGAUGUGAUAGAUGCUAUACUUCCAAUAUUCCCUUUCCAUCCUAAACUGUAUCCCUCCCUUGACCAGCUGACUCCGCUGGCGGAAGGUUUGCUUGAGCAGAGAACAAACCAAUAUCAGAUGAAGGUCAAUGACUUUGCUGCUUUACUCAGCCUCAUAAUGAGGCUAAGAGUCUAUAAACCGACCUGGGGUCGGGACUUUCAUUACGGCUCCUUCGAGGAUUCCAGUCUGGAGAAGGAAGAGUUGGCUAAUAUCCUGGCCCGAUCAUUCUGUCAUGGCCAGGACAAGUACCUGGCCCCCGACUUAGUGCUCCGAGCUUUAGAUAUCCUGCCAAAUCUAGAGCAAGAGUUUCAUCAGCUGUGGGCAACACUUUUUCAACCCUCCACAUCCACUGGGAUACCUAACUUAGGAAUCGAAUCGUCAGCAGACACCACUAUGAACGGAAUUCUUCGUGCAGUGUCGUUGUUUAUCCCUCCGUUCCAGGCCCAUAAAAGGUCCGAAUUGUUACGAAAAGUGAAGUUGAUUUCCUUCCAAAAAUGCUAUGACUCGAUAUCAUCCCAGAGCUUGACAGACAGCCUUGAUCUGGGCCUCAUACUCCAGCGAACCUUCCAGGAUUAUCCGAACUAUCGAUCGUACCUUGUCCUUCUCCUGGGACAUCAAGCCAGGGACUCAACAAAGGUAGUUGUGGGCGCAUAUUUCCCAAGCUGUACGCAGACUCCUGCUGCAAAAAAGGGAAAGAAGCCGGAAGAGAUAGACGAAUCGAGAAUCGCCCCUCCAUUACUUCUAUUCCAGCUUCAGCCAAGCUUCAGCUUGUUUCGAUGGAACGGAGAGGACAGCAUGUCUUUGUCUCAAGUAAACGACAGUGCCUCAGUGCAUACCGACCACCCUAACUGCAUAGGGGAUCCCACUCAAUCGAAGGUGGGAGUGGAAAUUGACUCUGUCACAGGCCAGGCUACCUUUCUGCGAGGCACAGCUACCACCGCCAAUCGGAUGUCAGGCAUGUAUGAAGAGGUCACUACUAGUAGGAAGGAUGACGGGGCAGAGACCAUUAAUGAAGAUCAGCAAGAGCGACGAACAACAUUUACACUCACCCGCAUUGCCAUAUUCAACGUGGAAGGUGGACCAAAUUACGAUUAUACUUGGUGA